AUGGAUGAAGACAACGCAAAUGAAAUAUUCAAAGCGUUCACAAAGCAGAACAUCGAAUAUGAUUUAUCUGGCUCAGCUACCGUAUGUUAUAAAUCGAAAACAUACUCCGCGAAGGUUCUUCUCCAUGGCAACGUUCUCUGUGUCUCCGAGUCUAGCGGGACAGAAGAGGUCGCCGCUUGUGAACCACUUAUUUUCAUACUUGAGAGAUCAGUAAUCAAGAAGUUAGAGGACAAGCCAGAAGCCUCAUCAAAAUAUUCCUUCGUUUUGACAUUCAACGACGAAACAGAAAAUCUGGAAUUUGGAGUCGAAAGCGAAGAGACAAGAGAGCAGUGGAUGAUAAAACUCGCCACGUGCUCUCAUCAAAUGGCUCGAGCGGAACUUGAUGAAGUAGCUUAUAAAUUUUACACAAUGUCACCAUCUGCGUCCAGUGAGUCGGAUGGAGUCAUCGAUCCAAAAACGUCGUCUUUCCAAAGUUUCUAUCAAACCGCACCGCUUAGAAUCGCUCACAAUUUUGCUAUAACUCAACAAAACAAUUUGCCAGCUCGAAGGGUUACAGUUGAAGAGUGUAUGAGCGAGACAAAGUUGUCGCUUAUCUUACCGAAAGAGAUAAUCAAGUUGAAUAGGAAGAAAAUUUCAGAAUUCUCUGGAUUACUGGAAAGUCGGCUAAGGGUGUGGCCCCAAUCAUCAGUUAGCUGGCUGCAUGAAGUGAUACGACAACUGCGAGAAAUGUCAGAGACCUAUGAGCAAUGCUUCGAAUUCGUUGACAACUAUUCUGGACCACACUUCCGGAAGUCUACUGAAAAACAUCGAGUAGCUUUUGGACUGGUACCUACAAAUCUGCAUAUUCAUUCCUAUGACAUCAAUUCGAAUGACAAGCGAGAUUUUAUUACAGCUGGAACUGCUUCUGCAAUUCCUUAUCGAUAUAACAACGGAGGUCUUGCCAAACUGUACACCCAGCUCGACGUUGAGCCUUACAACUUUGAUUAUACAUUCUGGAACAAACGCCAAACGCUUCUAGAUUUGAAAAAGACGAUAGGAGAAUUAAGUCAUAAAAUUGAGAAGGAGUGGAAAAUCGCAAAGUUUGGAAGUCCCGAUAAAAUAUGCUUGCAAGUUCAUGCUGGCAUAAAACAAGUGUAUGAAGGACUCAAGGAUGUUCUAUCCAGUUUGCCGGAUGUAGAGCAUUGUUCUGAUAUUCUACUAGAAGAAGAGAAGAAGCGAUUAGAUGCCGGAGGAAAAAUUCCAGAAACCAGAGUCUACGACAAUAUUCAAAAUCAAAUUGACCGUAUUGAUGCAAUGAUUGUUAGUCUGAACACGAAAAUCGCGGUGAUUGACACUUUGAAUGAGGAACCACAUGAAAGAGAAGCUUGCGAGAAAAAUACUCGACAGGCCGUCUCCACGUGUCUAGACAUUCUGUUAGCUCUGGCCGACUCGAUUCUGGAAUCUCAGUUGUUUUCUCUGGUGAAGGCACUGCAGAAACCAUCAAUUGCUCAUGCGUAUUUCCAUAUUAUGAUUCGGACAGACUUUGUUCUAUCUCAAGCCAUUACGAUCGCAUCGACAGCAAUUUUGAAUCGAAUCCAGAAAAAGGAAAUUCCAUUCACAGAUGAUUUUCUUCUAGUAAUAUUCUCAUUCCUGAGCGCAUAUGGAGAUGAAAGAGGGAUGAUUGAAGAUGCAAUAGAAGCUUGGAAGUCUCUAGAACAACGAGUUCGUUUCCGUCUGGUCCGUGCUCCGUCAGCCGUCUGCCGAACGUGUAUUCCAAUGGUACAAGGGACAAGAAGUGCUCUCAAGGUAGCUAUCCCUCUCCCUCAUGAGUAUUUCGAUUCGUUACCUGACCAUAUAAAAUGGACUUCCGAAUUCACUGUGGUCACUGCAUACUUUAACAUUGGAGUGAAUCACGAGGCAACAUUUGGACAGUCAUUCGGAGGAAUUGCUCUGGAAAGUUCUGUCAAUCAAGACGCUGCAGAAAAGUUGAAUAUGUUUGCCAAUCGCGCUGAAGCCAGUCAACGUGCCAGAGAAGCUGUGAUGGAGGUGGUUAAUGAAGUUUCCACGGAACCAUCUCGCAAGAAUCUCAAUGUUUUCGAUUGGGUGAUGACUGCGUGUGAGCAGCUGGGUGGUGAAGCUGUCAUCUCUUGUAAAAGUGGAAAAGAUCGGACGGGGAUGGCUUCAACGCUAGAGCUAGGUCGAGUACUUCGAGAGACAUGUGGCUUCAACACAACUCAGAUCUCGGAAGUUGUGAACUCCCUUCGAAAAGAUGGAGUUCGUCGUGAGAAUUGUCGAAAGAAUGUAGGAAAACCAGUCUAUUCAUUCAGUCCAUUCCAAAUGCAUUUUCUACCGAAGUCUUCCGACCUCCAUCUGGAACAUAUGCAAAAGGAGUUGCUAGUUAAUUAUAAAAAUGUGUAUUUUAAUAAUGUUCAAUAA